AUGUUUUUUUUUAUUCGUUACAUUUCUUCCCUAUAUUUUCUUUCACUCAUUUUCGCUUUUCUUAAUUCCAAAUGUGUUUUUAAAAUUUCAGCUUUUCUCUUAUUUUCAUUUUCUCUCUAUUUUGUUUCACGUUUUCCAUUUUUCCCUCUUGUCACCGUUUUUUCUAAAUUUUUACUUUGUAUCUUUCUUUCACGCUCAUUAUUUCAACAAUUUUUUUUGCCCUUUUUUUUUAUUUCUAUUCUUUCCUUCGUUAUUUCUUUUGCUUUUUGUCUUUCUUUAUUCUUUCGUUUACUCUCGCUUUUAUUUCUUAUUAUCCCUUUUAUUUUUUCGUCUUCCUUUUUUCUGUCAUCCAGUCUUUCUUUCUUUCUUUCUUUCUUUCUUUCUUUCUUUCUUUCUUUCUUUCUUUCUUCAUCUAGGAAAUAUAUCUAUCACUUUAUCGAUAACAGACAUGGUAUCUAUCUAUCUAUCUAUCUAUCUAUCUAUCUAUCUAUCUAUCUAUCUAUCUAUAAUCUUCAUAUGUAUGCAUGUAUGUAUGUAUUUUAUGGAUGGAUGGAUGAAUAUAUCUAUCUAUCUAUCUAUCUAUCUAUCUAUCUAUCUAUCUAUCUAUCUAUCUUUCUUUCUUUCUUUCUAUCUAUCUAUCUAUCUAUCUAUCUAUCUAUCCCACCUUCUUCAUAUGUAUGCAUGUAUGUAUUGUUUCUUUUGUUAUUUCUUUAUUAUUUCUUUUUCUUCCUUCUUCAUUAUUUCCUUUGCUCCCUUCUUGAUUUAAUAUUUUUCUUCCUUUUUCAAUCUUUCCUUUUCUUCCUUUUUCAUUAUUUCCUUUUCUUCAACCUUGAAUUACUUUUUUUCUUCCUUUUUCAAUCUUUCCUUUUCUUCCUUCUUUAUUAUUUCCUUUUCUUAUUUCUUCAUUAUUCCCCUUGCUUCCUUCUUGAGUUAAUAUUUUUCUUCCUUCUUCAUUAUUUCUUUUUCUUCCUUCUUCAUUAUUUCCUUUUCUUCCUUCUUCAUUAUUUCCUUUUCUUCCUUCUUGAUUUAAUUUUUUUCUCCCUUUUUCAAUCUUUUUUCCUUCUUCAUUAUUUACUUUUCUUACUUUUUCAUUAUUUCCUCUUCUUCCUUAUUCUUUAUUUCCUUUUCUUCCUUCUUGAUUUAAUUUUUUUCUUCCUUUUUCAAUCCUUCUUUUUCUUCCUUCUUCAUUAUUUCCUUUUCUUACAUCUUCAUUAUUUCCUCUUCUUCCUUCUUCAUUAUUUCCUUUUCUUCCUUCUUGAUUUAAUUCUUUUUCUUCCUUCUUCAAUCUUUCCUUUUCUUCCUUCUUUAUUAUUUCUUUUUCUUUCUUCUUUGUCAUUUCUUUUUCUUCCCUCUUCAUCAUUUCCUUCUUUCAUACGCAUUCUUUUUUCCCUUUAUUCCUCCUAA